UCUGUCAUUUUGACUACAGAUCGACUGUUGGACUUGGUAUACUAUAGAUGGGAUCUAGUUGUAGUUGUGAAGAUCGUGUUGCUUCGUCUUUUUUAAAAUUAACACUCACUCAAGGAAGCAUCAGUGCAACUCUGAUUUUGUAUCAAUAAUUCUGUGAGAGCAACUUUGUCUUACUAUAUACAACAUUUUGAAAUUUAUAUUCUUUUGAAGUUGGAAAAACAGUGCAUUGUAUAUUAUCAGCGAGAGCCUGGCUGCCACGGAGAAGUCACUUACUACAGUUACAUUAAGAACGACAAGCAUUGACGAUAAGAAUGACGGACGACGACGAAUUCCUCAACAGGUUUCUUAACUCUGUGCUAAAGAAUGACAAUGGAUCUAAAAGGGACCCUUGCUCUACUUGGCAAUAUAGCAGCGAACGCCUUAAUGAGUCCAUGUUCAACGCAUCUACGGAUAUCAAUUGUACCAGAAACUUCGACCUAACAACCAUUUUUCAUAACAACCAAAGUCUUACGUGGGUCAAUAGUCAAAACAAGACAUCAAUCGGUCACGAUUUUUUCACAUACGUAACUCCAGUGAUUUUCACUAUUGGACUGGUAGGAAACAUACUGUCCCUUAGGGUAUUUCUCACGAAGAACAUGCGGAAACUGUCUGCAAGUGUGUAUCUCGCGGCGCUUUCUGUUGCUGAUCUAAUGGCACUAUGUUUCUAUGUCCUGACGGAGUGGAUCAGAAGGGGAAUCCCCUCCGGACACGGUCACGUGACAGCCGAGUUUCUUGAACAAAAUGGCAUCUGUCAGAUUCAUCUAUACUUACAGUACGUUUCGCGAUUUCUGUGUGCAUGGCUUGUCGCGUGUUUCACACUAGAGCGUUAUAUUGGAGUAUGUCAUCCACUCAAACGAAAGGAUAUCUGUGACGUCAGAUCGUCAAGGAAAAUCGUUUUGACCCUGAUCGUCCUGGCGUUCAUCCUCUGCUCCUUUAAACCUUUCAUGAGCGAAGUUCACGUUGUGGGAAACUUCAACGCGCCAACCUGCACGCGCAGUGAGACCCACAAGUAUCUGUCGUUCGUUUUCGAUUGUAUAUUCGGAGUAUCUAUCACUUUUCUGCCUUUCGUUAUCAUCACGGUACUCAACGGCUUCAUCAUCCGGAAGCUUUUCAUUCGGAACAGACGACAUCGAGAAUGCAAGGUGAUUACUGAGGAGAGCAUUAUCCGCCUGGAGUUUACCUUCAUCCUCAUCGCUAUAUCCUUCUGUUUUAUAGCGUUUAAUGUCCCAUACACCGUCGCAUGGUACAAGCUCUUCGUCUUGUCACGUGACCGAAUGGACAAGAUCGCCUUCUGGGAGACACAAGAUCUGCUCAACUUUACGAGAACAAUUUUUUACAUAAACUAUUGUAUCAAUUUUUUCCUGUACAGUGUCACCGGGGCCUACUUCCGGAAAGAGCUCAAGAUGUUGUUUACAUAUAAAAGUAAAGCGUACCAGAAUUAUCAUCGCUGUUCUGUGCAUAAUUCAAAUUCUAACACGCCACAGUCAUGGGUAUGAGCGGAACCGGAAAUUGAAAAAAGCUAAUUCCGGAAAGUUGACAGACCGGAUACUGAAAGGCGUGAAACGGUGGUUGUUAUCCAGCAGGCGUUAAAUAUUUAUUUGUUGAUUUUUAUCAGGACUAUUCAUCUUGGCCUUUAAUUGUAAUUGCUAGUUCUGGAGGUGGGGAUCAAUUAUCUUUUUUUCAGGCAUUGUACUCUUUGUAUCAGAAUCAUAUUAAAUUAUUCACAGCUGUA